UUUUUUUGCGUUUAAGGGUUUCGGCUGACAGCAAGGUUUGUGAAUCCCUGUAUUUUGGCAUGUAUUAUAUAUGUGUGUGUGUGUGUGUGUGUUUGUGUGUGUGUGUGUUGCAGGGUUCCAGGCGUCUCCUCAGGACAGGUUUCUGGUCAUGGCAGCAGAGAUGGAGAGCAGCGGCGGAGCCGGCGUCUCAGAGCUCGCUCAGUUCUGGAAGGAGGUUUCUAAAGCCAAAGUCAUGGAGCACAGGCUGCGCUGUCUCCUCCUCGAGAGCCCAAAGUCUAUUCUGAGCAACUGGUCUGAGAGUCCGUCAGCGGCGAGCAACGAGCAUCAGGACCUGCAGAGCACGCUGAUGCGUGUGAUGGCGAGUAACUCGCGUCUGGAGCAGAAGCUGGACUCGUGUCUGUGGACGCAGAAGGUUCUUGUGCUCAUGGUGUGGUUUCUAUUGGCCCUCGCUGCAUACUCGCUCUGGACGUCCUGAAGCUCACAGACGGUGCACC